AUCAUAUCAAAUCAAAUCAAAAAAGAAAAAGAAAAAAGGACCCUACCCGAUUCUUCCUCAAGCCUUCAUCGACGAUUUGAGUCAACCAAACCUCUUUGGUAAGCUUUAUCAGUCCCCCAACCACUGAGUCAACAGAACCAACUCGGGGUGAGUUAGCCAGAUUGAAACUCUCUUUUUUUUUUUCCUCCAAUGGCAUGCAAUGUGAUCAAUUCAUGGACAUUCACUGCUCUAGUUGGUGCUUUUCUGGAUCUCUCCAUAGCUUAUUUAUUGCUUUGUGGAUCAACUCUUGCUUAUUUAGCUUCGAAAUUUCUGGGUUUAUUUGGAAAGUCCUUGCCUUGUCCUUGUAAUGGAUCGUUCGGCCACCCACAUAAGAAUAAUUGUUUUCAAUCCAUGUUAGUUAAUAACCCACAUCUUAAAAUCUCUUCUGUUCAAACUUCUGUUAAGAAAAAGAUUCCUUUUGAUUCAAUCUGGAACAACUUUUAUAACGAAGAUAAAGAUGACUGGCAUUCAAAUUUUGACAACUGGCGAAAUGGGGAUGUUGCAAUGGGAGGGGAAGCAAUGUUUAGUUCAUCAUGUAAUUCAAAGAAGAACACCAUUAGAGCAAAUAUAGGAAGGUUUGAGAAUCAGAGGCCAAGAAUUGGACUUAGGCGGCGUAAAAGAGUUGCUAAUGGCUAUGGCGGAAAGUUUUUGAGUUUUCCGAAUGAUCCUUUGGCUUCCAUUAAUACUACCCCAACUGGUUUGAAUCCUUCCAUUACAACCCCAGAUGAUUCUGAAGAUGGCCGGGAAACGUCAAAAGAGAUUCAAUUGCCAAAGCAAGGUUUGCAGGACUUUGAAAUAGAUGAUGACUCUUUUACAGAGAAUAAAAUUGAGAAGGAACCAGCAGUGGCUGAGAUCAAGUGCUUGACGCCAGAUUGGAACUUUGAUGGCAGUGACAAAAAUGCAAUAGUAGAACAAGCUCUAGGCGAAGAGAAUGACGCUCGUGCUGCUCUGUACCUUGAGCUUGAGAAAGAGAGAAUCGCUGCUGCAACUGCUGCAGAUGAGGCUAUGGCAAUGAUAUUGCGCCUGCAAGAGGAGAAGGCAACAAUCGAGAUGGAAGCGAGGCAGUACCAGAGGAUGAUUGAGGAAAAAUUUGCAUAUGAUGCUGAAGAAAUGAACAUUCUCAAAGAGAUCUUAUUAAGGAGAGAAAGAGAAAAGCAUUUCUUGGAGAAAGAAGUUGAAGCUUUCAAGCAAAUGUUUUGCGAAAAAGAGGUAUCAGAUAUGGAUAUGUAUGAUAUGGCAGCCAUAUAUGACCAAAAGACUUUGAAUAUGGAGCAACUGGUAAUGUCAAAGAAGAUCGCUGAAUCUGUUGGGGAGAAGGAAAAGACAGUGCAUAACAUUGAUGUUUCAGAGUAUGCGAUGGGAUCCAUCGGAUCACUUGAUCAUGCUGUUGAUUUUGGGAAUGAAUUACCAGUUUCAGAACUUAAUGAAGAUACUGCUUCUUUAAAUUAUAGUAUCGAAAAAAAUCACUCAAAUCCAUGUAGAAAUGAUUAUGAAAUUAGUCAAAAAUUUGAGGCGAGGGGAAUGACAUGGGAGAACGAGAAUCCCGGUCAUCAAAGAAGUUAUGUUCAGUCCAAUCUGUCAACUACUCAUUCGAGAUCUGAUCUGCUUGAGAGAGCCAUUAACACUGUAGCAGAAGAGGAACAAAACAGAGAAACCAGUCCACAUCAAUGUUUGACACCAAAGGCAACUGAGGCUAAAAUAAUUUUCCCAUAUAAUAAUGAAAAAAUGGAGAAGCAUGGAGAAGAUUUGCAUCAAAUAGAUUCUGGAAUCAAUUAUCAUAUUCUUGAUGUUCAUGUCAUUAAUGAUGAAUCUGACUUGUGUCGGACAUGCAAUAACCAAACCAUUGGUGGGUUAGAAACUGAGCCUUACAGGAGAAGCAGCAGUUUAGAUCGACCUGGCAGAUUACCACCAUGUGGUCCUUCACGAGUCAAAUCUCUACCUCCCAUUUCGCGCAGAAAUUCCAUGUCUGCUUUCGAUUAUGAGAGGUUGAAAAUCGAUUAUGAAGUUGAUUGGCUUAGAGAAAGGCUAAAGAUUGUACAGAAAGGAAGAGAGAAGCUCAACUUCCCGUCAGGGCGGAAGAAAGGGGAACACUUUCAGUUACAAAUAUUGGAAAACCCUGCUAGUCAACUUCGAGAGAUUCAACAAUUGACAGAACCCAGGAAGGCUUUGCGACGGGCAUCUUUGCCCCACCCAUUCUCGAAGGUUAUGUCAAAGAAGAAAAAUCAGAGGGGUGUUCUUGGAGGCGUGUUGAGAAGUGUUUAAAUCAGAUGAGCAACUUAAUCUGAUACCUUUUGAAGGUAACGUUCCUUCAAUUGUGGCAGUAAGCUGUCUUAAAAAAUUUUACCUGUUACAGAUUUGGACUCAAAUGUUACUCAGACCGGGUGUAGGUGCUAGAGAGGAUAAUAAGUCUGACAUGGUUAUGUUCAAUCUUUUCUAAAAUUUUUCAUGUAUUUGGACCACGUCCCUUAAAAAAAUAUAGAAGUGUUAGAGCAACGUAGAAGGAAUAUAUUAGUUUCUGACUAUUGUUUUAAGUAUCCAAUUUUGAUUACUUGGUAUGUAAAUUCUAAUAACAUAAAGUUUCUUUUCUACUAAAA